AAACAAAACUUCGUUUUAUAACCUCAAAAACCAGCUUUUAAGAUUCUAAACAAUAUUUAUUUUUAUAAAUAAAAAUGUUAACCAGACUUCGUUUAAAACGGGACUUUAGAGUAAUCAUUCGAUAUUUCUCGGAUAAACCUACCGAUAAUGGUAAAACUCCAGAAAUUAGCCCUAAAUCCCAAGAACAAAGUAACAAAAAAGAUGUAGCGACGGAAAAGAUACAGGAACUUUUAAAGAGUAUGAUGGCACAACCCACAAUAGACGAGGCGGAGUACAGAGAAAAGUUCGCUACUGCGCCAGGAAGACCCCGGAGACCGAAAGACGACGAAAUUGAAGUUAAAACGGAGAAGAUAGAGGAGAGUAUAACAAAGGCAGCCGGUGAUGUAGCUCAAGCAAUCGGAGGCAACGUCAAACAAACUGAAGCAGAGCUACUGUCCAAGAUCCUUGGCAAAAUUAAUCAGUCAUCCACUUCUCUUAGUGAUCUACUGAUUGGCAUGAAGGUGGAUCGAAGCAAAGAUAGUGAUGAUAAACUUCAAACUCAAACCAGAGGGCAGCAAGUGAAGCGACUGGUCAGCAGUGCUAAAGCAGAGGUCCAGGCCACACGGUACAACCAGAGGAAGAAAAAACCUACAGCCCCAGAAACAGCACCACCAAGAAGUGCCCUCCCUCAACCAAUGAGUAUAAACAUCUUCAGUGGAAAGCCACUGGGUAUUUUCAAAGUAAAUGAACAAAACUACGGAACAACAUUGGAAAUGUGGGAGAACUUGAAGCAAAGAGAAUUGACUCUCGCCACAAUGCAACCACCCACCAACUAUUUUGAGAAAAUGAUUCUUUGGACAGAACAGGGAAAAGUGUGGAAGUUCCCCAUUGAUAAUGAACAAGGACUGGACGAAGAGAAAAGUGUCCAUUUUUCAGAACAUAUUUUCAUAGACUCCCACCUUGAAGACUGGUGUCCCAAGAGAGGUCCCAUCAGACAUUUCAUGGAGCUGGUCUGCACAGGUCUGUCAAAGAAUCCCUUCUACACAGUCCAAGAGAAGAGAGAUCACAUCACAUGGUACAGGGAAUAUUUCGAGUCCAAAAAGGAUUUACUCAUGGAAGUUGGUGCAUGGGAUGUUCAACCAAGUGAAGCUAAUGCAGAAAAAUAGUGUUGAUUAAUUAACGCGUAGCUAUGUGUAGUAAUAUUCUUGUUUAUUGUUUUUAAUUGAUUAUUAUACAAGUUCUCUAUGAUGAAAAAGAUUCCUGAGAGCAUGCGAGUUGCUAAACUUCAAACAUGGUCAUAUCUAUGGUUACUAAAAUUCCAAAAACGCACAAAUUCAAUCAGGGAAGUGGUUAAGUUUGUACCAAAAUAAUAAAUAGCGGUCGUUUUUGUACUGUUUAAAUCUGGUGUGAAUAAGUUUAUAUUUAUAGACUUAUGUAUUUCAAGCUUUUAAACAUCAAAAUUACUAAAAUCAAAACUGACUGAAGAUGGCCAUGUCUGAAAUGAAAUGACUCAUAUGCUGUUGUAUAAAGUUUAAUCGAUAUCUGAACAUAAACUAUGUACAGUUCAGCCAGAAAACAAAACGUCAUUGCAUUUUACAUUGUAAAGGUAGAAAAUAAAACACAAAUAUUA